CUGCAUGAGUGUCUUUGGCUCGCUUCCCCUGCUGUUAACGCACAGACACUUUAACCAACCAACGGUCAUAUAUUUAAGAAGCGAGCGAAGGUUGUCCAAUGGGGAAUCUCCGAGGUGGGCCGUAGCUGUCACCGCUGCAGUGUGAAUAGGGCCGGUACAGUUACGGUGGAGGCGGUCUGGAGGAUGACAUUCGGCGUUACCUUUUACAGCAAAUACAAAUGUAUACAGACUGACAGCACGCGGCUCUACAAAUCCUCGAAAAGUUCGCGCGCCUGGCAUGUCCGUGUGAAUUUAGCGGAUUUGCUGCUGCUGCUGUCUUUUUGCUGAUUUGCCUUCAAGGAGAAUGUCUCUCGUUGAGGAGUACGAGGAAGGGGAAUACGAGCGGACACCCAAGCGUAUGAAGACGGCGGAGCAGGAGGAGGACGAGGACCUGGAGGAAGGAGAGGAUUCCGACUCCGCAUCAGCGGGGCUGCUAGGAGAGCAGGAGCAUGGGGCUGCCCCGGAUUGCGAAACGAGGGCCCUCUGGUCAACAUCGAAAUACGGGUCAACACGAGAGGCCAAUGGGGGUGAGGCCCACAGGAUGAGCCCCUCCCCGGUGGUGCACGUGCGAGGGCUCUGUGAGGCUGUGGUGGAGGCUGACCUGGUGCAGGCUCUGGAGAGAUUCGGGACCAUCUGCUACGUGAUGAUGAUGCCAUUUAAGAGGCAGGCCCUGGUGGAGUUUGAGGACUUGGACGGUGCAGAUCGGUGUGUGUCGUGUGGUGCAAGUGAGGCUGUGUGCGUUGCUGGGCAGCAGGCCUUCUUCAACUACUCCACCAGCCAGAGAAUCACCCGCCCCACCCCCACCCAUGAGCCCCACAGCGGCAACAACGUCCUGCUGCUCUCCAUACAGAACCCGCUGUACCCCAUCACCACGGAUGUGCUGUACACUGUGUGUAACCCCAUGGGUAGUGUGCUACGCAUCGUCAUAUUCAAGCGCAAUGGGAUCCAGGCCAUGGUGGAGUUUGAGUCGGUACAGAACGCCCAGAACGCCAAAGCCGCCUUGAACGGGGCGGACAUUUACGCUGGGUGCUGCACUUUGAAAAUAGAAUACGCCCGGCCAACGCGCCUGAACGUGAUGAGAAAUGAUAAUGACAGCUGGGACUACACCAAGCCGCACCUGGCCAGACCAGAACGCGGGAAGGGGAGACACAGACAGGCGAUUCUGGGAGAUCACCCAUCCUCCUACAGUGAUAACGGCUACGGUCCACCCUGCCCUCUGCUGGCCCUCCCCAGUAACAACAGGUACAGGAUGAGCUCGCAGGACCCCCUGCCCCCCCCAGCCCCCGUCUACACCCCCCCCUCCAGCUCAGUUGCCAUGGUGAGCAGCCUGCACCCCCAGAUGAACUGCACCCGCGUCUUCAACCUCUUCUGUCUCUACGGCAAUAUCGAGAAGGUGAAGUUCAUGAAGAGCGUUCCGGGCACCGCCCUGGUGGAGAUGGGGGAGGAGUAUGCAGUGGACCGAGCCAUCACUCACAUCAACGGCAUCACGCUAUUUGGCAAGAGGCUCAGUGUGUGCGUGUCCAGGCAGCGUGCGGUGAUCCCCAGCCAGGUGUUCCAGCUGGAGGACGGCUCCAGCAGCUACAAGGACUUCACCAUGACACGCAACAACCGCUUCAGCUGCGCGGGCCAGGCCUCUAAAAACAUCAUCCAGCCCCCGUCCUGCGUGCUGCACUUCUACAACGUCCCGCCCUGCGUCAGCCAGGACCAGCUGCAGAGGCUUUGUACAGACCAUGAUGUUCCUGGUUUCAUCAAGUUCAAGGUGUUUGAUGCAAAACCCUCCAGUAAAACCAUCUCAGGGCUCUUAGAGUUUGACACCAAGACUCAGGCUGUGGAGGUGCUGACCGUGCUGAACCACUUCCAGAUCCGAAUACCCAAUGGAUCUAACCCCUACACCCUGAAGCUGUGCUUCUCCACCUCCUCUCACCUGUGAGCCAGCAGCCCGGCAGGAGGAGCUGCUCUGCCUGAGAGGAGGAAGAGGAAGAGGAGCACACGAUGAAGAUUCCUUACUCAUCCCUACCCAAUGAAUGCAUGCACGCACACAUGCACGCACACACACAUGCAUCCACACACACAUCACACACAUACACACUUACAUACAGACACAUACACACAUGCACACACAUCACACGCAUGCACACACGCACACACGCACACAUGCAUCCACACACACACACACAUCACACACACAUGCAUCCACACACACACUCACACAUACACACACAUGCACACUGACACAUACACACACAUCACACACAUCUGCAUCCACAGCUCUGUAGUGGUAUCCACACACUGUAGCGUAGCUGAAUCCAAUGGGUAUGGGAGCCUGGGCAACUUCUCUAAAUCCAACAAAGUGUUAAUAGCUUGUAAAAUGUAGAGCACGUUGUAAUAUAUAAAUGUGUAUAGUAUUUGAAAUUGGGUUUGGGUGGGGUGGGUUAGGAAUGCUGGUAUAUGAUUUAAGACCUGGUGUCUAUGAGGAUUUCACAUGAAGGUGCACACAUUGUGUAGAUGUUACAGGAAGGUGCAUACGUUGUGCAGAUGUCAUGGUACCCCUGUGCUUACUGCCAUGUCUGGGGUCGGCUGGGUGAAUGACGGUCAUUAAAAUGUUUUGUCAGUU